AUAAAACCUCGGUGACAUUUCGUGUUCGACAGUGAUCCCAUGGUAUAUGGCAGUCGUAUUCAUGAUUUGGCGGCUCACGUGAAUGGUUUAAAAUAAACUAAACAGGAAUCAACCAAGCAUUCGGUUUAGGGCAUGGGGGUGUUUUCACAAAACACAAAACAACAUAAAAUCAGAUAUGGAAAAUUCGCUUUGCCUAUCAUACUACUGAUAGCGACAACCCCGAAGCAUAUCGCAAGAGUUGAAACCCGAAUUUCUUGUACACAUAAGUAUUGUGUUUGCGACAAACGUCCUUCAUUACAACGUGCGGAGAUAGCACGUACACAAGACCAAGGUCCUCCCCCGCCAAACAUUCAUCUAGUCAAUUAAAAUAUUGAAACAGAAGAUGUAUUAAAUCUGUUUCUUAACAGUUGACGAUUCCAAGUUGGUUUUGAAUUUACUUUACUUAUAAAUAUAGCUCAAACUAUAACUUGAAGGGCCCACCGUUAGUGGACACGUAAUAAAACUUGCAACUUUUAACGUGACAAUCACAUAGGGUACAAUAUAUGAUAAUAUGGAUGAUCAGAGCAUUUUUACUUAUAACCAGUUCACUGGACAGGGACGCGAUUUUUCAGAUAGGAUGACCCAAAAUGACUUCUGUAACUGGCAGGGUAACGUUACAAAUGACGUCACAUCUGGUUCGUCUAACGCCGCUGGAUUCCACCAAGGAAUUGAUCAGCCUGAUACGGUGAUGAUACAACGCCCCUCAACUAAUCUGUUCCCAAGUCCUGGUUACCCCACAAAGGGGCGUGGUUGCCAUCCCCAUAGAUCAAUUUAUGAAUGGAAAUUAGCUGAAGCUAGGGACAGGUGGCAAACAUUUGUAAAUUGGCCGCAGUAUAACCCAGUGCCUUCGACAGAUCUUGCGGCCGCAGGUUUUAUAUAUACAGGGCCCGCCGAUACCGUUAAGUGCGUCUUCUGCGACGGGCGACUUAGGAAUUUUGAGGUAGGAGAUACGGCUAUUGGAGAACACCAGCGCCAUUUUCCUAGGUGCGAGUUCGUCCUUGACUUUCAGAGAGACCCGAGUGUGUUUCACUUCGUGCAGGAAAAUCUCCGUGAAAAGCAACGGUCUUUCUUUCAACCGGAAAUACAUGCUGCGGCACAAUAUUCAGCAAACAAGUCUUGUUCCUACAACGAGACUAAUACGUUUCAGGUUCCCACUGACGUAACUGGGUCGCCGCAAUCUAAAAUGGGCAGUAGGAUGAUACCAGCGCGACCAGAAUUGUCCUCUUUCCCAGCUCGUUUAGCCACGUUUGCCAGAUGGCCACCAGGUAUAAAGCAGACCCCAAAUGUCUUAGCAGAAGCUGGACUUUACUAUUUAGGCGUGAAUGACAGCGUAAAGUGCUUUUUCUGCGAUGGGGGUUUGUGUAACUGGCAGCCGACAGACGACCCCUGGGAAGAGCACAAGACUUGGUUUCCGCAGUGUUGUCAUGUUUUGGAACACUUUCAGGAGAAUGGGCAAAGAGUUGGCGGAAAGGGCCAUGGGUUGACAACGGCAGCACAGCUAAAAUCGCUUGGGAAACCGCCAGCUGCACCAACAUCGAGCGCUUCAAAUGGUGGCUUAGUGUGCAUGACCUUCUCCUCCAACAUUUCCCCUCGCAAAAGAAAGAUUGAUAUGAAUAAACCAUAUAUCAAAGCGGCGGUAGGGGUCGUUGAUUGCUCCGAACACCACGCCAGGAAGGUCAUUAAGAAAUACAUCAAGGAAACAGGCAAGGAAUUUGAGAAUGCCGAGCAGUUUCUGGACUACCUACUGGAAAUGGAAGGCACGGCAAUAGAUUCCGACUCCUCGGACUCUGAAGCAGAAACAUCUUUAUGUGAAACCAUCCCCUCACCACAAUAUGGGGAGGAACAGCCAGUUGCAGCCAUUCUGAAGGAAAUUCCUGCUUCUCAAAAGUCACAAAUUUAUAGCAACCACCAAGCUAGCCAAUUUGUUAAUGGGCAAGACAAAGACAUGGCCGAGGCGUUAAGAUUAGAAAAUCAGCGCCUCAGGGAUGAAAGAAUUUGUAAAAUCUGCAUGGACGCUGAUGUCGCUGUAGUGAUUCUUCCCUGCGGCCAUUUUGUGUGUUGCGAAUCAUGUGCUCCCGCGCUGAUGAAGUGUCCCAUUUGCCGGGUGGACAUACGAGGGACAGUGAAGACGUAUAUGUCUUGAAGAAGGGAUAAUGAUCUUUCAAGCCUUUCUCUAGUACUUGUAUGUCUUGGGGAAUAUGUACGCUUCAGGUUAUAGAAAAGUUCUUCAGUUUCCUAAAGAAGGGAUGGUCCAACUGCCCAAUGCCUCUAUUCCCCAAAGGGCACAACUGACAACAUGUUCAUGAUGUUCAUGCACUUGGCUUUUUAAAAAGUUCAGCGUCUACAACUGAUGUCCGGGAAUCCCGCAACAAUGCAAUUCAAAGGCAGCGUUAAUGGUUAACGAAAACACACAAAAAAAUAAAUAAAUAAAGGUGAAAUAAUGAAAAAAAACAGGUGUGAACAACAGUAGUAAUGCAUUAGAAAAAAGACUGAGUUUCAUAUUUUCUAGUCAAACAUGUUUAGUUAUAACAAAACUUACAUUUAAUUUUGUUAUCAACAAGUGGAACAUACAUAUUCAUGACAACAUUAACUGGCCCGAUCAGGUCGGUAUUCUCCAAGACCGUUAGCCUGGCAAGUUUUUUCUGGCUGGCCUUGUUAUAUGCGCACAAAUGACACACAGAGUUUCUUUGUCCAUUAUGUUAUUCAUUCACCUCUAGGGUGUCAAAAUAUGUGACAGGCCUACGUGGUCACCAUGAGCCUCAGUUUUCUGUCAACAAGAUAAGUUAUUUUAUAUAUAUUUACAUUAUAUAUUACACUGCAGUGUCGUGGGCUGCAGGGAUAAGGGCUCCUAUCACCCAAAGACUGGUGUAUGGUUAUAACCAUUGUAUA